AGACUAGAUGGUAAAACCAUUGUGAGAAGGGUAACUGCAUACACAGAUUCUUCAUCGAUGAAGGAUUCAUCGUUGAUGAAGUGUUUAGCAUGGUCACCUGAUCCUAGUUAUCAAAGUCUGAUUGCGAUCAGUUCACAAGCUUCACAAACCGACAAAAUAGUUCUGGUGAAUCUUCACGAAGGAGAAGCUGGGGAAGCACCAUCAAAUGAUUUUAGCGUAUCAUCUGAUAUAUCUUCAGUGUAUCAACCACAGCCAUACAUCACUCUCAACCUUAGAAAUUCAAAAUGCAAUGCUUUAUCAUUCUCGCCGGAAGAACCACGCCUCCUAGCGGCUGGUUUAGAAAGGACGAGAAAGGAUUAUGGCUUGUUGAUUUGGGAUGUUGAACAGCCAAGGUACGAUAUUUUGGCUGACCAAAGUAAGCAAAUUCUCACACAAAAAUUGUCAACUGAAACGCUUAGUAGGACUGGAAGCAUCAGUGGACGAAGUGAUCGAAGUAUACAUAAUGAACUUGGAUAUGAUGGCUAUCCAUCAUUUCCAUUGGAACCAUCUAAAUCAGUUUAUGAAACCUCGCGCUUUGCACCCACAUCCAGCCACGUACGAAAUGAUGAAAUAAAACCUACUUAUCAACAUGGUUUAGAUGAAUCUGUCAAUUCAUGUUCUUGGUUCCCAUCAAAUCGAAGGCUAGUAGCUGGAAUGUCGAUGAAAAAUUUAAGAAUUUAUGAUUUAAGAAAGGACAAUUAUGUACAAUGCACAACCACUAAAUCUGUUCAUGGGGUAAAUGUGGACCCAUUUAAUGAAAAUCGAGUUGCCAGCUUUGAAGAGAGCUAUAUCCAUCUAUGGGACUUACGCAAAUUCGCAGACAUACCCACCGAUUCGAAACCUGUUCGAAUAUCCUUUUCCAAAGCACGUUCUGGCAUACUGACAUCAUUAGAAAAAGAUUCAAGCCAUUUAACGUUAUAUGAUAUUCAAGAAAGUACAUUUAAAUUACGACAAUCCUCAACGAUAAAUCGAAAUUCUCCUUUAGAAAAUUUCGAUCCUCAUACAAAUUUAACUGAUGGAUUCUCAGCUGGCAUCGCUGUAGGAGGUAACAGUACUCCCAUGAGCGAGAAAAAUAUUAUUUUUGGUGCUCCUGUAACGGUCUCAAACAGAACAGACGAAGAAUUUGAUACGCCAGUUCUAUGGAAAUCUAGAAAAUCGCGUCGAUGUUCAAAGAAUAUUUCGUCCUUUUCGUGGAUAACGACUUUUUCAACACCAACCUCCCACCGAUUAAUAUCGGUCAAUAAAGACGGUGUGUACAAUUUAGUGACAUUGGAAGAAACCCCACAGUUUUGCUGGAGUCCUGAAGGGAAUAUGGUUGUCUUUUAUCCCAAAGGGUUUAGAACUUUUGACAUAGAUGAAAUUCAUGGAACCAUAGAAGAAUCUAAUUCUAAACGUAGUGAUUCACAUAACAUGAAAAGUCAGGGGCAUUCAAACAUUGGGGGAACUGGACAUAAGCAUCACGUUUCUUUGGAUCUCAGGCACGAUCAUGAUCACGAUAGCGGGAAUAGAACCCCUCGGCCUGGUGAUAUUAACAAUUCCAAAGAUGCUCAUUUAUUUGGAAGGCAAUUAAAAGGAAUUAUCCUGAAUCAGCAGCAUAGAUCAGAAGGUUUAUUAACCUCAAUAAGUGGUGAUAGUGAUCAUGGUCUAUCACCACCGCUGAAAUUGAUACGCGAAGAUAUUUCAGUUGUUAUGCGUAAAAGAGCUAAACGGGGCUAUUCUAUGCUUUGCACAGCAAAUGAAGAACUUGUGAGGGAUUCACCAAAAUUAAAGUCAUUAUGGAAUUGGAUAGCCCAAGCCGAACUACUUUCUGAAGGAAAAGCUACCAUUGGAAAUGUAGAUUUUAGUUUUCAGGGAGUUUAUUCAAUAUGGACAGCUUCAGUGCCCAGUAGUAAAAAACAAUCUCCGAUAUCAACACCUAAAACAUCAUCUCCUAGAUCUACACCUGAGAAAGUCGACCAGGGGCUUGUUGAUGAUAAUGAAAUUCCUAUCGUUCCCACUUCAAAGUUAUCUCAACGGAAAUUAGCACUGGCAAUGUGCGGUUGGGACUUUGGAAAGAAAGAAUUGGAAAAUGUUAUUCGAGAAUUGGAAAAUGCAAAUAAUUAUGAAAAAGCUGCGGGAAUCGCAUUGUUCCAUGGUAAUACCGAAAGAGCAAUAACUGCAUUAAAUAAUAGUAAAGUUGAACGUUUGGAAUUGAUAUCGGCCACAUUGGCUGCCUUUAAUGACCACAGUCAUUCAAAUCAAAAAAACACUCUUUUGCGUAAAAUGUGCAAUAAACUAAGUAACGAAUUACGUGAACCUUACCUUAGAGUAAUUUUUUCAUUUAUUGCGUCUGGUAAUUGGCUUUAUGUGUUACAACAACAAGAAGAACUUGCAUUGCUCGAUAGAGUUUGUAUUGCGUUGAGAUUCUUGGAUGAUGAUGAACUCUCUACAUACUUAUCUGAUACCGCCAACAAGGUUAAAGCUGACGGUGAUAUCGAGGGAAUAAUCAUAACUGGCUUGACAUCAGAUGGCGUGACAUUAUUUGAGAAAUAUGUAGACAACACGGGUGAUGUCCAGACUGCAAGUUUAGCGAUGAGUUUUUGCGUUCCACGGAAAUUUAAAGAUGACAGAGUCGCAGACUGGAUCGAGAACUAUCGUUUAUUAUUAGACAAAUGGGAAAUGUUUCGUUCUCGCGCAUUAUUCGAUAUUGCACGCGGUAAACAUAUGGGCACUUCGCCUUCAGCUGCCGAAAAUAUACCACCUCAAGUAUACGUUCGAUGUAAUUUCUGCAGUCAAAGUAUUGCGCAUAACCUAUGUAUUCCUGGAAAGAAUAGACGGGUUACCUUACCUACUUCAUAUCAUUUGACUCCAGGAGGAAUAUUACCCAAACAAAAGACUACUUGUUGUCCCGUUUGUUAUAAGUCAUUGCCCCGAUGUUCUAUAUGUUUAUUAAGUCUUGGAACACCAACAGAUCACUUAAGAGAAGUAAUAGCAAAAAAUGGGUCAACUAACGAUAUUAAGGGAUCUGGAUUUGAUCUUUGGUUUACAUGGUGCCAAUCAUGUAGGCAUGGAGGUCAUGCUUUACAUAUGUCCCAAUGGUUUGAAAAACAUAAAAUUUGCCCUGUUAGUGAAUGUCCUUGUGAAUGUCCUCGUGAAUGCUAA